AGUGUAUGUGUGAGAAAGCGAGCGAGCGCGGCUCCAUCAGCGAGGCUAGUGCCGGGGAGGUUCGGCCGCCGCCAUUACUAAGCCGUGAACACCGGGGAGGGGAGGGGAAUGAUGGGGCCAGGCCAGGAGUUCUGAGGGGGCUGCGCGCCGAAGAGGAACGGCGGCCGGCGGCGCGGAUCGAGAGUUCCGGGAAUGCUGCUGCUCUUGCCGUGGAAGCGCCGGAGACCGAGAUCUCUCAGGGAGGAACCAUUUGAACAUCCCUUAAAUGUGUGACAUUCCUGACAAGAAGAUCUUUAAAAGUAUUUCGGUCUCCUUGCAUGAUCUUCUGUAGGGAAAUAUGGACUACUUGAUCUUGAACACCUGUUUAUUGCAAGCAUGAGGAUCCAAGAAGAUUUGAAAUCAAUUUUGCAAACUUGGAGAUAAGGUCUUAGUGAGUAGAGGCACUUUUAAGAAUGAACACUAUAGCCAAUUGUGUUGGUGAAUAUAGAAGGAUGAGAAGAACACUAUGAUGGCAAAGAACAAAGAAGCUCGUCCCCCAUCCUAUGCUAUUAGCGUGGUUGGCCUUUCUGGGACUGAAAAAGACAAAGGGAACUGUGGAGUUGGAAAGUCGUGUUUGUGCAAUAGAUUUGUGCGGUCAAAAGCAGAUGAAUAUUACCCUGAACAUACCUCUGUGCUUAGCACAAUUGACUUUGGUGGACGAGUUGUUAAUAAUGAUCAUUUUUUGUAUUGGGGUGACGUAAUACAAUGUGGAGAGGAUGGAAUAGAUUGCAAAAUUCAUGUUAUUGAACAGACUGAGUUUAUUGAUGACCAGACUUUUCUGCCUCAUCGGAGUACGAACUUACAACCUUAUAUAAAACGUGCAGCUGCAACCAAAUUGCAGUCAGCAGAAAAACUGAUGUAUAUUUGCACAGAUCAGCUUGGAUUAGAGCAAGACUUUGAGCAAAAGCAAAUGCCUGAAGGGAAGUUAAACAUUGAUGGAUUUCUAUUAUGCAUUGAUGUUAGUCAAGGAUGCAAUCGGAAGUUUGAUGACCAACUUAAAUUUGUAAAUAACCUCUAUAUUCAGCUAUCAAAAUCUAAAAAGCCUAUAAUAAUAGCAGCAACUAAAUGUGAUGAAUGUGUGGAACAUUAUUUGCGAGAGGUUCAGGCAUUUGCUUCAAAUAAGAAGAACCUUUUGGUAGUAGAAACAUCAGCAAGGUUCAAUGUCAAUGUAGAGACAUGUUUUACUGCACUGGUACAAAUGAUGGAUAAAACCCGUGGUAAGCCUAAAAUAAUUCCCUAUCUGGAUGCCUAUAAAACACAAAGACAACUUGUUGUGACUUCAACAGAUAAAUUUGAGAAACUUGUGCAGACUGUGAGAGACUAUCAUGCAACAUGGAAAACUGUUAGUAAUAAACUGAAAAAUCACCCAGAUUAUGAAGAAUACAUUAAUUUGGAGGGAACCAAAAAGGCCAAAAAUACAUUUUCAAAACACAUAGAACAGCUUAAACAAGAGCAUAUACGAAAAAGAAAAGAUGAAUAUAUUAAUACAUUACCAAGAGCUUUUAACACACUUCUGUCAAACCUGGAAGAAAUUGAGCAUUUGAGUUGGUCUGAAGCUUUGAAGUUAAUGGAGAAAAGACAAGAUUUCCAGCUAUGUUUUGUGGUGCUGGAAAAAACACCCUGGGAUGAAACUGAUCACAUAGAUAAAGUAAAUGACAGGAGAAUUCCAUUUGACCUUUUGAGCACACUAGAGGCUGAAAAAGUCUAUCAAAAUCAUGUGCAACAUCUAAUAUCAGAAAAAAGGAGGAUUGAAAUGAAGGAGAAGUUCAAAAAAACACUUGAAAAAAUACAGUUCAUUUCUCCUGGGCAGCCCUGGGAAGAAGUUAUGUGUUUUGUAAUGGAAGAUGAAGCUUUUAAAUAUAUUACAGAGAUGGAUAGUAAAGAAGUAUAUAGUAGGCAUCAACGGGAAAUAGUUGAAAAAGCCAAAGAGGAAUUUCAAGAAAUGCUUUUUGAACAUUCUGAACUGUUUUAUGACCUGGAUUUGAAUGCAACACCUAGUUCUGACAAAAUGAGUGAAAUUCAUGCAGUUCUGAGUGAAGAGCCUAGAUACAAAGCUUUACAGAAACUUGCACCUGAUAGAGAGUCUCUUCUGCUUAAACACAUAGGGUUUGUCUAUCAUCCCACUAAAGAAACAUGUCUCAGUGGCCAAAACUGUAUGGACAUUAAAGUAGAACAGUUACUUGCUGGUAGUCUCUUGCAAUUGGAUCACGGUCGUUUAAACUUGUAUCAUGAUAGUGCCAACAUUGAUAAAGUUAAUAUUUUCAUUUUGGGUAAGGAUGGUCUUGCACAGGAGCUGGCAAAUGAGAUUCGGACACAGUCCACAGAUGAUGAGUAUGCGUUAGAUGGAAAAAUAUAUGAACUUGAUCUUAGACCAGUUGAUGCAAAGUCACCUUAUCUUCUAAGUCAGUUAUGGACUUCUGCCUUCAAACCACAUGGAUGUUUUUGUGUAUUUAAUUCAAUUGAAUCACUUAAUUUUAUUGGAGAAUCCAUUGGAAAAAUCAGAACAGAAGCAUCUCAGAUAAGAAGAGACAAAUACAUGGCCAAUCUUCCAUUUACAUUAAUACUGGCUAAUCAGAGAGAGAGUGUUAGCAAGCAUUUGCCAAUUCUUAGACACCAAGGACAGCAGUUAGCAAAUAAGUUGCAAUGUCCUUUCAUAGAUGUGCUUGCUAGUACUUACCCACGUAAAUUUAAUGAGGCUCAAAUAAAGCAAGCUUUGCGGGGAGUUCUGGAAGCAGUUAAACACAAUUUUGAUGUUGUAAGCCCUGUUCCUACAAUUAAAGACCUCUCAGAAGCUGACUUGAGGAUUGUUAUGUGUGCCAUGUGUGGAGAUCCCUUCAGUGUAGAUCUAAUUCUUUCACCCUUCCUUGAUUCUCAUUCUUGUAGUGCUGCUCAGGCUGGCCAGAAUAAUUCUCUAAUGCUUGAUAAAAUUAUUGGUGAAAAACGGAGGCGAAUACAAAUAACAAUAUUAUCAUAUCACUCUUCAAUUGGUGUAAGAAAAGAUGAAUUAGUUCAUGGGUAUAUACUUGUUUACUCUGCUAAACGGAAAGCAUCUAUGGGAAUGCUUCGAGCUUUUCUUUCAGAAGUACAAGAUACUAUUCCUGUUCAGUUGGUGGCUGUUACUGACAGUCAGGCAGAUUUUUUUGAGAAUGAGGCUAUCAAAGAAUUAAUGACUGAGGGUGAACACAUAGCUACUGAGAUAACUGCUAAAUUUACAGCUUUAUAUUCUUUAUCUCAGUAUCACCGCCAGACUGAAGUUUUUACAUUAUUCUUCAGUGAUGUUUUAGAAAAGAAAAACAUGAUUGAAAAUUCCUAUAUGUCUGAUAGUACAAGAGAGACAACUCAAGCAAGUGAAGAUGUUUUCCUGCAUUCUCCUAGAGGGAACUCUCUUGCUUAUAACUAUUAUCCAGAUUCAGAAGAUGAUACUGAAGCCCCACCUCCUUACAGCCCAAUUGGAGAUGAUGUACAGCUGCUUCCUGAUCGGUCAAAAUAUCGAUUAGAUUUGGAAGGUAAUGAAUAUCCUGUUCAUAGCACACCACUGAACUGUCAUGAUCAUGAACGCAACCAUAAAGUGCCUCCCCCCAUAAAGCCGAAACCAGUUGUACCCAAGACAAAUGUGAAAAAAUUAGAUCCAAACCUGCUAAAAACCAUUGAGGCAGGUAUUGGUAAAAACCCAAGAAAGUCUAGAAUGGCUUUGCCACCAACAGAUGAUCUUGAGCAGUCUGAUAAUUAUGCAGAACCAAUAGACACUAUUUUUAAACACAGAGGGGUUACUGAUGAUAUCUACGCAAUUCCAGAUGAUAGCCAGAAUCGUGUGAUUAAAAUUCGAAACUCCUAUAUAAAUAAUGCCCAAGGAGAUGAAGAAAAUGGAUUUCCUGACAGAAUUUCAAAGACCCAUGGAGAAAGAAGGCCUUCAAAAUACAAAUAUAAAUCUAAAACAUUGUUUAGCAAAGCCAAAUCCUAUUAUAGGAGAGCACAUUCAGAUGCAAGUGAUGAUGAAGCUUUUACAACCUCUAAAACAAAAAGAAAAGGAAGGCAUCGUGGCAGUGAAGAAGAUCCACUUCUGUCCCCUGUAGAAACAUGGAAAGGUGGUAUUGAUAAUCCUGCUAUUACAUCAGAUCAAGAAUUGGAUGACAAAAAAUUGAAAAAGAAGACUCAAAAAGUCAAAGAAGACAAGAAACAAAAGAAGAAAACCAAGACAUUCAAUCCACCAACUCGUAGAAAUUGGGAAAGUAAUUAUUUUGGGAUGCCCCUACAGGAUCUGGUUACAUCUGAAAAACCUAUUCCACUUUUUGUUGAGAAGUGUGUGGAGUUUAUUGAAGAUACAGGUCUGUGUACUGAAGGUCUCUAUCGUGUUAGUGGCAAUAAAACGGAUCAAGACAACAUUCAGAAGCAAUUUGAUCAAGGAACUUGGGCUGGAUUCUGGAUUGAUGGUAGAGUGUCUCCUGGACCCUACUAGAUCAGGAAUUGGAGCUUGAUACUGUAGUAGCCUUCCUUGCUACCAUUGUAGUACUUUUUAUAUCCAUUCCAGCAUGCCUCAGAGACUUACAUAGAUCAUCUUUCCUUUCAUACUUUUGGUCAUUCUUUGCAUCCAGACUCUAGAACUCAUGGAAACACAGGAGCAUGUCCCAGUUACUCAAACAACUGGGCUGGUGUAGAAUAUGCUUUAGUUAACUCUGCAACCAAGCAACAGACACUAGUACAGUUCUCCUGUGGAUUGUUCUAGUUAUUACCAGAAACUUCGGAAGAGCUAGUCUUCUGCUGGUACUGCAAGUGGUACUUCCUUACCCCCCUCAAAAUGUACCCUAUAACAGUGUGAGAGAUAGGGUCCAUUCCUUGGUUUCACAGUGGACAUCAGAGAAUUUGGAAGUUACAGGACCUUGCUGCUUUUAAAUGCCUCCAAAACUCAGCAUGUGACAGUUUUUUUGCUUCUUGUAUAUAAUUGAAAAUAUCAGUAAACUGCUAAUAAGAAAGCAAGAAACACUCUCCAUGUUUUGCCUUAAUGCAGAGAGGGCAACAUUGAUGACAGUUGCCCAUUUUUCCUAUCUGUCGGGCAGAAAAAAAUGUC